CUCAUCCCCCUGCCCUGUGACUCACACAGCUCGGCUCCUCCUCCAAUGGUCAACAAGCCUGGAGACUGGCAGCCACAGCCCAGCUUUUUCUCACCUCUCCAAAGCCUCUGGGGAGAAUUCCUGAACCUCCAAGGAAUCCACCCUCUUACAGAAGAGCUAACAAAGUCCUUAAGAGGGAAAGCAACUUCCCUACAGCCACACAAAGCCUCAGGGACGCCCUCUGAAUCCACGGUGGUGACAGCAGCUGCUUCCACUGUCUCCUCCAGACUCCUCUGGGAAGCCAGAGCUGGGUUUAGGAGGAUUCAGAGGUAUCUGCUCUGCUCCACCUACCUUGCAGGGCUGUGA